AUGGAGGCUUCGUCUUCUCGCAAGGUAGAAAUCACAGUCUUAUCUGCGGAAAAUCUCCGUCUUAAUAAAAAACUGGUGACAAAGAACACAUUCGUCAUCGUCCAAACUGAUCCUUUCAACUGCCAUACAACAAGAACCGAUACGCUAGGAGGAGGGUAUCCUUCAUGGAACGAGAAGCUUGUUAUCGACUUGCCCAUGCAUGCACGCUAUAUCUCUUUAGAAGUACAGACCAAGAGUUCUUCAGGGAACAGAAGUAUUGGAUUUGCGAAGAUACCAGUAUCUGAUUUUACUGGAGGGUAUGUACCAGAGAGUUAUUUGCACUUUUUGAGUUAUAGAUUAAGGGAUGCUAGGUGGGAGAAGAAUGGGAUAAUCAAUGUCUCAGUGAGAGUAAAGACGCCAGGAUACGCAAAGAGUUCGUCUAAAACAGGAUUGAAGGAGACAGAAUACCCAUCGUUUUCGUCGCAAGCUUCAAAUAAAAAAGUGCAGGGAUAUGGGUCUUGUUCAUUACAGGUUACAAGGCCGAAUGUGCAGGGAUAUCCAUCGUUUACAUCGUCGGUCACAGGGCCAAAUGUGCAGGGAUAUGCAUCGUUUUCAUCUCAGGCACAUUUAGGAGUUCCGGUUGGUGGAGUGGUGAGGGGUGUACCUGUUUGGGGUACAAAUCGUGCAUAAAUAUUAUUUGAUAUAUCCAAGGGAUUAUGAAAAUUGAGAGGCCUAUAUACAUACAUACGUACAACAGCAUAUGAAACAUAAAGAUUUAUUUUUAUUUUUCGACAAAAGGAUUGAUGAUUGUAAUUAUUUUACAGAAAGGAAUUCUAGCUAUUGCUGGACUGCAUCUGUAAUUGGUGUCAUAAUUGUUUGCGAUUUCUGCUAUGUUAACAAAUUCAUUCUUAAUUAUAGAUGCUGCCUAUGUUUUAUUGCAUGCAGUUUGGAUGGUAUGAACUUUGGCCCAAUGAAAUAUUUUCUCUCACCUUUUAUCAGUUAUUUAAAAAAAUUAAAUGGAGGGGAAAAGAGACAGCCAGACAGGAGAGCAUCUAGAGAAUAGUGUUCAUGCAGAAUUGUAAUAGUGGUGGUAUUGUGUCAACACAUGACAUGCUAAAUGGAAAGUUGACAAAGUCAUAAUAACAUGUUAAAUGAAAUAAGGUUGACUGACUGACAUAGUCAAAGCUGACUGACGUAUUCCCCUUU